AAACCGAGCAGUGCGUCGAUCAGCUGCCCCCUUCGCGCGCCGCGACAGCGCCGAUCACCAAUCCCGCAAGCACCAAAAGCCGUCUCAUCCGCGUUGCAUCGCCGUUCCGAACAAAAACAAGCCAUGACGUCGCAGCGAACGCGCGCGCUCUACGUCCUGGGCCCGGACGCCGUGGGCGUCUCCCUCGCGCACGCGGCGAGCCACCUCGAGCGCCUCGCCUGGACCUACCACCCGUCCAUGAAGAUGAGCUGGUCCGUCGUCGUCGUCCGCGGGCCCGGCGCGCACGAGGCGAGCGCGGCGUCGUCGCAGAGCCAGCUGGCGGCGCUCCAGGGCGUCGUCGGCGAGGGCCGGAGCCUCGCGGACGUGGCGGCCAUGGAGCGGCUCCAGGGCUCGUCGACGCCCGUCCUCGAGCGGGCCUACGAGCUCGCGCUCGUGGAAGCUUCCGCCGCGCGCGCGGACCCGGCCGCGGUCCGGCGGCUCCGGGCGUCCGCGACGUCCACGGUCGCGACGACGCUCGACUUCGAGGCCUUCUGCGGGUCCCACUGCGCCCGCGCCUGCGGGUUUGAAGGCGAGCCGAACCCCCUGCGCUUCGAGUACCACACGCAGCGGGUCCUCGAGGACGUCUGGUCCGUCGUCCGGCCGACGCGCGAGGCGCGGAACGCGGCGCCCGCGGCCGCCGCGGCGGGCCGCUACAACCUCGGCGACGCGCUGGACGCGCGGCGCGCCGAGGCCCUCGUGCUCACGCGGCGCCGGGGCCCGUUCCUCGCGAACUUUGCCAACGACCGGUUCUGGGAGGUCACGGGCUGGCCGUGCAAGUGCAAGAGCAAACGGGGCAUGAACCUCAACUUCCUCCAGGGCGCGGACACGUCGGCCGACGCGAAGCGGCGCCUCCACGAGGCCCUGGCCCGGCUCCGCGACGCGUCGGCCCCGGGCGAGGUCACGGCGUCGCUCCGGAACUACACGAACGACGGCGAGGCGUUCCGCGUGCAUUUGACGGUGACGCCGUGCGACGACGCGGCGCUGCUCGUGGGCCGCGUCGAGCGCGGGCCCGACGACCCCGCCAUGCCGGAGACCGCGGCCUUCCGGCCCCUGGAGACGGCCGCGGACGCGGCGAAGCGGCGGAAGACGGCGGAGCCCGACGAGGCGCUCGCGGAAGCGUUCGUCCGCGAGGCGCUCGACGACGACGCGGCCGCCGUUGUGGUGACGGAGGCGCGCCACCCCUUCAAAAUCGUCUACGUCAACGACGCCUGGGCGCGGCUCUGCGAGUUCGACAAGGCCGAGUGCGUCGGCAAGUCCAAUCAGCUCAUCCAGGGCCCGGAGACGGACUUCGAGCUCUGCCGGCGCAAGAUGGCCGAGCUCCUCGCGCCGCCCCACACCUGCGCCAUGACCCAGGUCAACUACAAGCAGUCCGGCGAGCCCUUCCGGAACCGCGUGACCAUCCGUCCCGUCCUCGACGCCGCGCGCGAGCCCCGCUACUUCGUCGCCAAGCUCGACCAGGAGGACCCGCCGCCGGGCCUCGCCCUCGGCGGCGCGGGCGUCGACCUCCAGCAGCUCCAGCCCCCGCCGGCGGACGGCGACGAGCCCAUGUUGGACGGGCGCGCGGACGAGCCGGCGGCGCCCGGGGCGGUCCCGCCGCGCGGCCGGAGCCCGCCGGAGCGCGCGGGCGAGCGGAGCCCGAACUCGGCGUCGAGCGGCGGCUCCUACGGGGGCCUCGAGGGCCUCACGGACCUCGGCGGCAUGGGCAUGCCCGGGGAUUUGGGGCUCACGGGCUUCGUGCCGUCCGCGUGGACCGACGACAUGGACUUCAUGUGCGAGGGCCUCCGCGAGGACAGGACGCGGCGCCGGUCGUCGUCCAAGUCCGACGACAGCGACAAGUCCUCCGGGUCCGGCGGCCGCCACGCCGCGUCCCGCUUCAAGGCCCACGCCGCGGACCCGCGCCGCGGCCGGUCCGGCUCCGCGCCGCCGCGGCACCGCCGCGACGACGCGCCCCGGCGCCGCGCGCCGCCCGAGCCCCGGGGCCCGCCGCGCCGCGACGACCUCAUCGCGCCCCUGCCGGCCUUCGCGACGGGCUACGACGCCUACGCGCUCCACGCGCCGCCGCCGCCGCUCCGGCCCGCGCCCGAGCCCGCGGGCUUCGGUUCGGAGUGGAGCCCGCUAACAGGCGGCUACGCCGCGCCGCCGCCGGCCGAGGGCGCCGCGCCCUGGUACGACGCGGACCGCCAGGCGACGAGCCUGCCCGCGACGGCCGAGGAGGCGAGCGACGCGUCCGGGUCGGGCGCGCCGCGGCCCUCGGAGCCCGCGGCGCAGCCGCAGAAGAAGCCGAGCUCGCGGCGCCGCGCGCGGCCCCUGGCGCCCCCGGGCGUCCAGCUCAGCGCCGACGAGCGCACGGCCCUCGAGCGCGAGCGGAACCGCGAGCACGCGCGGAACACGCGCGCGCGGAAGAAGGAGGCCAUCGAGAAGCUCAAGCACGACGUCGAGGCCUGGGAGGUCGAGACGCGGCGCACGGAGGAGCGGCGCGCCGUCAAGGAGCGCAAGUCCGAGCGCCACGAGCGCCUCCUCGCCGAGGUCUUCCGCGCGCGGGGCGAGGCCGUCGUCGACCCCGAGGUCUGGGCGUCGUGGCUCGCGCCGGGCUUCGAGCUCUGGCAGCCCCAGAGCGACUACGUGGCCCACCGGCCCUCGGACGUCGUCCGCGAGCGCCGCGUGAGCCGCGGCGUCGCGGGCAUGGCCGACGACGUCGCGGCCUGGGCCGUCUUCAUGCACGGCGUCGGCCGGUCCGGCGCGUUCUCGUCGCGCAUGGCGGAGCCGCCGGCCUACGAGUGCCGCCACAUCCACGCCGACGACAAGGUCGACCCGUCGACCUUUGGGAUGUUCGGCGCCGGCGGGGCGCCGCCGCGGCGGCCGCCGCCGCCGGCGAGCAGCCCGCGCGUCCGCGACGACGAGGUGUCGACGGACGACGAGGACGCGCGCGAGCGCCGCGUGGCCUACGCCCGCGACACGAUCAUGGGCUUCUGGGCGCUGCGGACUUUGGACGCCCAGCGCCACGGCGCGCGCUGCGAGGUCGCGCUCCGCGGCAUGUACUGCGCGCGGUUCGUCGGCGGCGGCGACGCCACGGCCGAGAACCCCAUCAAGCUCCUGCGCCUCGAGCUCGCCUACGACAUGCAGUCCUUCGCGCGCACCGUCGAGGCCGCGGCGUCCGCGCCCCUCCCCUACGCGCCCAACAGCCUCUACGACGCGACGUUCCACGACGACCCCCGCGCCAAGGUCGUCACGACGGCGCGCCGGCCCUUCGUCAUCGCCAACGUCAACCAGGCCUGGCUCGACCUCUGCGGCUUCGGCAAGGACGAGGUCCUCGGGCGCACCAUGUCCUGCAUCCAGGGCGAGCUCACCGACAGGCGCGCCGUCGAGUCCGUCCACGCCGCCGUCGCCGCGGGCCGCGCCGCGGACAUGACGCUCAUCAACUACACCUCCAAGGGCGACGCCUUCCUCAACUACCUCCGGGUCUUCCCCCUCUACGCGGACGCGAACCCGAACCAGCGGCCCUCCAACUACCUCGGCAUCCUCGAGGACCACGCGAAGCGCCGCCACGCGAAGCUCGACGACGGCCCCACCGCAUGA